CUGCGGGAACGCCUGGCGGACCCGCUGGUGGUGCUCAUCCCGGCUCGUUUCGGUCUCCUGACGGCCGGCGCGCUCCUCGGCUUCGUGCUCGAUCGAAUGGGUUUCGGCGCCACCGGCCUCCUGUGGACCUUCGGUGUCUUCGUCCCGGCGUGGUUCAUCCUCCGGGAACUGGUUCCUGCCGCCAUCCUGCUGCGCGACCCGGAAGACGUGCUGCUUCCGCUCCUGCCCUGGUUCGGCCGCUGGGAACGGCUCGUCCGCCCCUUCGCCGAGCCGUUCCGCAACCUCCUGCGCCGCGGUUUCCCGCUCCCCUCGGAGCCGGACGACGAAGCUUCGGACGAGGAGGUGGAGGCCUUUCUCGAAACCGGCGAGGAAGAGGGGAUCCUCGAAGAAGAAGAGGCGGCGAUGGUGCGCGGCGUUCUCGAGCUGGACGAAAUGCUGGUGCGCGAGGUGAUGACGCCGCGGCCGAACGUCGUCUCGGUGUCCGACGAGGCCCCGCGGCAGGAGGUCGAGCGUCUCAUCGCCGACAGCCGGCACCACCGGAUUCCGGUCUUCGGCGCCGCCGACCAGGUGGUGGGGGUGGUGGAUGCGGUGGACCUGAUCGGCGUGCCCGGAGACCGCCAGGGACUCGCUCCGCUGCUGCGGGACGUGCCCGUGGUGCCGGAGACCAAACGGGUGGACGAAAUGCUGCGCGAGUUCAAGCUCUCCAAGCAGACGUUCGCGGUGGUGGUGGACGAACACGCCAGCGUUUCCGGCAUCGUGACACUUCGUGACAUCUCGGAGGAGAUCGUGGGUGAGGUCCACGAGGAGGACGAGCCGCUGGAAGAGGAUCUGGUGCGCGAGGCGGAAGGCGUCUACCGGGUUCGCGGCGGGGCGGAACUCGAUGAGAUUUCACGGGUGACGGGGCUGCUGCUCCCCGACUCCCUGAAUGGCGCCGCCUUCGACACCAUCUCGGGUUUCGCGCUCGCGGCCUUCCGGAAGAUUCCGGCGCCCGGCGAAGCGAUCGAGCACGACGGCCUCCGCAUCGAGAUCCUCGAGGCCGACGAGCGGCGGAUCCACCGCGUCCGCCUGGCGCGCGUGGGGGAGAUUAGAUGA